CCCCCCCCUCCACUGUUUUUAUAUUGCUUUUAAACAAUUUGUGCACCUUAUUUGAGAACUUUUGUUUUACAUCUGCAGGAUUUACUUGCUAAGCCUGUUUGUUGGUUGGAUGAUUUCCAGUGAAAUCCACAGAGACUCUACAAUUUUUUAAAGAACUCCCCCCCCUCCCCUCCCACCCCAUGAGAAAUACCAGAAAAAACAAGGCCUGUAAGCACAGCCCCACUUGGUUCUCUCUGGUUUCAAACCCCUCCCAAGGAUCACAUGUGAAGAGGGGAAUGUCUCAGGAUCUACUAUGUACCAUCGCAUCAUGAUAGGGAUUAUUUCAAUUAAUCGGGACGAGUUGAGCGACCUCUGAAUGGGCAUUGAUAUUUGCUGCAGGUUCACAGGUAAGGAAUCUCAUUUACAUUUACACUAUGUUUUGUUCAGGAUAUUUUGACUGUUCUGCAUCAACUAGUUGGUAUUGUAGUAAAAUCAGCUUGAUGAUUGAAUUUGGAGAUGCGUUUCACCAAAUAUGCUGUAGGUUACAUGGUUGAUUGCUCAGCUUUCCCCCACUUUGCUGCCUGCAAAGAAUCCCAAUACUUGCACAUGGGAAAUGAGUUUAAAUUUCAGUAACUAUCACUGCUAUGGCUGUAAGACGAAUUAAGUCCUUAAUGCGAGUUGUAUUUUUAAGCUAUGGAAAAUAACGUAGUCUUGUUCACAAUUUUCUUAAAGUUUUCUUAUAUAACCAAAUCUGAUUAUCAUGCUGCCUUAAUGGACUUGCUCAGUGUAACCGAAGCAUUGUACAGACUUGGUCUGACAUGGUUGAGUGUUGAGCUGAUUACUCACAGUCCUGUAAGUCAAGAAAAGAAGGACUGUCUGCCACACAGGCAAACAGUCAAAGAAAACUCUGGAAAAUGCAUUUGACUGCUCAUGUGGAAGCCAGCUCCGGUCAUGUGCUUUUUCUCUCUGAUCACCACCUAAUGACCAGAGAGUUAUGACAUCUUGCUAUUCCUGUGCAGAGCGUCUGCACACAAAGACCGAAAACUAAAGCUUAGGUGAAAGAAUUUCACCUUUAUCUUUGUAGUGUAUUCAACCAGUAGACAAGGCUGGUUUACUAUCAGGCCACUGCGCACAGUCCCAAGACUCACUCUGACCUUUUCAUAUUAGUUCAUAUUUUUUUUUUUUUGGGUAAUUUGAUGAAGGGCAAAUUUGUUGAGCUUUGCCCCACUGACGUAGAAUAUCAAUUCUAGCAUGCGGCCUUGUUCACGUAGAUGGACCAAAUUUCAUUAAAAAAAAAAAGUUUUAAUUUAGUUAAUUUGUUUUUAAGCUCUGUUUUAUCAAAUUGCUUUAAUUCUUUCCUACAAGUUGGCAUUGUGAGAUCUGUAAUGGCAUAUUCAUGACACUGAAGGGGAAAACAGCAUGUGUCUCCUCAUAAUUGUGUUUCUGCUGCAAUGAGUUGUCAUGGAUGUCCAAAUUUGUCAAACCUUGACCGAUACUUUGUUGGUCUUUGUAGUUUUCUUGUGCUGAAUUAUUACACAAAUGAUGCAAUUACUAAUUACCCUCAUGUCAAAACCAGACAAAGGCAGAUAGAUAAUGGAAACCAUAAUUCCCACGGAUAUUUUACUACUGUCUUCAUGGUCAAUUGGUUUGACCAUGUGAUUUGUGAUGUUUUAUUAUACAUCCAUUGUUUAGUCUAAAGUGUAAUAAACUAAUGUGCUAAUCUUUAUUCCCCAAAUCUGAAGUUAACGCAUUCGACCCGCCAUCUAUGAUCAGAGAAACAAGCAAAUGCUCAUGUUUGAGGGGCUACUGUAGUAAGUACUGUACAAGUUAAGCUCUCAGCUUCGCAAUGGCUGACUGGGACUAUGACUAUCUGAUCAAGCUGCUAGCACUCGGAGACUCUGGCGUUGGAAAGACCACCUUCCUCUACAGAUACACCGACAACAAAUACAACCGCAAGUUCGCAUCCACGGUGGGCAUCGACUUCAGGGAAAAGAGAGUGGUUUACACAGGAACAGGUGCUGAUGGGAUGACUGAGAGGAACUUCAGAGUCCACCUUCAGCUGUGGGACACUGCCGGACAAGAAAGGUUCCGCAGCCUCACUACAGCUUUCUUCAGAGAUGCCAUGGGCUUCCUGCUGAUGUUUGACUUGACCAAUCAGCAAAGUUUCCUCAAUGUCAGGAACUGGAUGAGUCAGCUACAAGCCAACGCGUACUGUGAUAAUCCGGAUAUUGUGCUGGUGGGAACGAAGGCAGACCUUCGAAAUAUGAGGGAUGUUUACGCCAGACAGGCCAGAGAUUUGGCAGAUAGAUAUGGCAUUCCCUACUUUGAAACAAGUGCAGUGACGGGUGCCAACGUGGACGAGGCAGUGGCCACCCUGCUGGACCUGGUGAUGAAGAGGAUGGAGCACAGCACAUACGGAGGCCUGAGCUCUGAACCCAAUGGCAAACUGCUUGUUUGUCACAAAGUGGAGGAGGCGCCUGUCAGUAGGAGCUGUGCCUGCUGAUUCUGCCCACUGGCAGCUGCUCCUCUUACAUCGUAGCUGAAAUCAAAUAGGAUUCAUUCUGCGGAGGCAUGGUUCUCGAGAUUUGAAAGGUUGUUUUUUACUCAUUGCCUGUUGAGAUACAACGCUCAUGUUAUAACAGGGUAUCUGCAGGUUUUACAAAGUCUUUACAAAACUGAAUUCAGGUUCCACUCCUAUAGUCCUAAAACAUUAUAAGUCUUCAUAUUUCAUUUACAAAGGUAUAUAAUAUAAUAAAUAUAUGUGUUUU